CCCCGUUAAAAUGUCUUAUUUUCUAAAAAAUAUAUUGUUGUCAAAUUAAACUUUCUUGCAGACUGAACCAGUUACGUCACGGUGUUUGGUACUGCGACACUGUUGUUUGAUAUGUAUGGUGACGCUUAGAUCACUGGAAGGGAUGAUUUGCGCUUUAAAUGCUUCCAAUUGGUGGGCUAGGAUCAGGAGGGAGGGCCGAGCGGUGGCAGCUCCACCCCGGCCACUCGGCGCCCCGUGAGUUCACAUGAUUGGAUGGGGAGGUUGGCUGACUGCUGUUACAACACGAAGCCAGUUCGUCCUACUGUUCAAUCCCAGUGUUGCUUUCGUUAGUGGCUGUGCUGUCGAUCGUUACCACGCAUGAUUGGUUGAUAUUUUGACUACCGGAGCGGGCACCUGUUGUAUCCCAUCAAUCCCGGACUGAGGCAGAGAAGACGCGAGGGGCAGCCGGAGACCUCAGCACUGCAUAAAGUCAGGACUUUCCUACACCGCAGCCUUACUACAGACAACCUGACAUGGAACAAGACAUCUCUGCAUCAGUUGAGGAAGACCUUGCCGAGGCAAUACAAGAGAUAACACCACAAGAUGAAACGCUGCUAAAUUCAGAUGUUCCUAGUUUGAAGAUGAGUAAAAAGAUCAGUGAAAAAUUAGAUGACACAGAGAAGGAGAAAGAUGAAUUGCAAAUCGAGGAGAUAACGGCAGAUACAUCCAAAGGCGCAAGGGACAAACCAAAGGCAUGUCAGAAAUCAAGUACUGAAGCGCCAAAGGAGAAAACACUCAGCGGCAAGAAGACUGAGGAAGUGAAAUUGCAAAAAGUGCCCAUUGAAAGAAUUCAGGCGAAGCACACCGGUGAUGAGGAUCCUUGGGUGUACAUCACCUUGAAUAGGUGCAUCAUUGCCGCUGCUGUUAUAGUGGUUCUCAGCAUGGGUGUCCAGCUGAUUGUGGGUAUUUUUGAUGUGGAUGAUUCAACAGUGUUGGCGUAUUCUGACACGCUGCUCGAUGAUGAAGAUUUGAAAUUGGCAGAAAGAACAAUGGUCGAGAAUCCAGAUCUGACUUCAGAUGCCGAGGAAGCCAUCAGUGAACUUGAGAAGUUUGUUAUUGGGACUCCUGCCUGGACUGAAUUGAAAAAGCCAUGUAUUACACUGAAGGGAAAGACAGGAGGCUGCAAUGCUGAGAUGGCCAACAAAAAGCAGAUCUCUCCUCACAUUAAAGAGAUCAAAAGCAUUAAAAGUAGCUAUAAGCCAAGAGAUAAAGACUCAGAACCCAGAUCGGGCAAGGACAGGAAAGAUCACAAGAUCGAAGUUGAAAAGAAAGAUGAUAAGCACUUCAAAAAGGAGGAUAAACACAGGGGCCACCUUGAGCAGCACUUCAAAGGAGGAGACAGCAAGAAGUUGUCCAAGGGCAAAGAAGAGGGAUGCGAUAAGGGGAGUAAAUUUAAUCAGCACCAUUUUCCAAGACGACCAGAUAAAAAUGUUAAACAAGAAACACACAGCAAACACCAAGGCCGGUACAAAGACUUUGAAAAGCACAAGCAUUACUUCAAGCAAAACGACAACAAAAAACACGAUUACAAAGUUCAUAAAGAAUAUUCCAAGUACAGAGUGGGCAAGCGUGGUAAACACUAUGGAAUCGAAAAAAUCUUUAAAAAGAGUGGGAUGGGAAAACACUUUGGUAAAAAUAAAUUCAAAGAGAGUCGAAAACACGAAUAAUUAGGUUCAAGGUCAAAUUGAACGCAGUAAUUACGACCCCGCGAUGUCUAGAAGUAUUUCCAGUAAACCUUCCAAGCAGUAAUGCUUAUUUAUAUCAGUGAAGUGUAACAUUUCUAAAUAAAAGUAGUUAUUGGUGCACUAAAUUAAAAUCUCCUUAUAAGAAAAAAAUAGAUUUGCUGGAAUAUGAAGUGAAACUGUUUUUAAUAAAAUGUUGCCACAAAGGUGUUUUUAAGUCAUUUGGAAAAUAAGUUAGACGGGGAUGGAAAACAUUGCCUAACUUGGGAAUCUCCGACGUGGAAUAAGGAAUGAAGAAAGAUCGCAAGGAAAUGAUUGAAUCCCUGUUUACCAAACUAUAGUAUAAUAGAUUAUACUAUGUGUUUUUGUGUUCUCGUAUUUUCUUUGGUGGAUUAAACAAAGUAAAUAUUCUGA